AUGUCCACCUUCGCCAAGUUACCCAAGAGAUCGUCCUUGACCAAGGCUCUCGCUCCUGACAAUGCUAUAAAGACGGAAGAUAUCGCUGCCGCUAACGAAAAGGACGUUAUUAGACAUCCUCGUAUACUCCAUGAGGGAGCCUUCUCUUGGUCUAUCCCUGAAGAACGCAAGGAAUACAAGUAUAUCACUACAAGCAAGCAAGCACUUCGUGACUUGGGAUUGAGGGAGAAUGAAGAUGAGGACCCAGAGUUUCAAAAGAUUGUCAGUGGUGAGUUCUACCAUGAUCUAUCAUUCAGAAAGACUGACUUCCCAUUUCCUUACGCUCAAGCGUACGCUGGUUGGCAAUUCGGACAGUUUGCUGGUCAGCUAGGUGAUGGCAGAGUCCACAAUUUGUUUGAGAUUCCAAAAUCUAAAGAUAACGUGCUGCCAUCGACAAAGUAUAACAGAAAGGAGUAUGAGGUGCAGUUGAAGGGCUCUGGUAAGACGCCGUACUCCAGAUUUGCUGACGGAAAGGCAGUGAUCCGUUCUUCUAUCAGAGAGUACAUCAUCUCAGAACACUUGAAUCAAAUUGGCAUUCCUACUACCAGAGCAUUGUCUCUCACUUACCUUCCUGAGACAUUGGCCCAGAGAUAUUCCGCUGAGAGAUGUGCCAUUGUCUCCAGAUUUGCUGAAUCCUGGAUCAGAUUAGGUACCUUUGACUUGUACAGAUGGAGAUUUGAUAUGGAUGGAAUCAGGAAGCUUUCUGACUAUGUCGUUGAUGAGCUUUUUACUGUCGAAGAAGGUGGUAAGAAGGUCGAAUUCCCAUUCUUCGAGCAGACUAUUGAGUCAAAUCCUACGUUUGAGAAGGACAUCCAAAAGAGUCUCGGUAAGUUAACAAAGUACGAUAAGUUGUACUUUGAGACGAUCGUUCGUAAUGCCAUGACUGCUUCAAUGUGGCAAUGUUACGGAUUCCUCAAUGGUGUGUUGAACACUGACAAUACAUCUGUUCUUGGUCUCUCAAUGGACUUUGGUCCAUUCAGUAUCAUGGAUAAGUAUGACCCAGAGUACACACCGAACUCGGAAGACCAUCUGGGCAGAUACAGCUAUGCUAACACGCCCACAGCCAUUUGGUGGAAUUUGACGCGUUUGGGAGAGAACUUGGCACAGCUUAUUGGUGCUGGCACUGACCUUAUUGACAAUCCACAGUUCAAGGCUAACCAAUUCCAAAAUGGAUGGGAAGACAAGAUCGUGAAGAGAGCAUCUAAGGUGAUUGAGAUUGGAGGAGAGAUGUACAUGUACGCUUUCACCAAAAAGUACGUCGAGACUUUCUUCAACAGACUCGGUUUGCUGCACAAACUCAUAGACACUCUUGACCCAGAGGCACAGAAUGCUGAUUUGAUUUCUCCUAUGCUUGACAUGCUCAAGAGCACUCAAUGCGACUUCAACAUAUUCUUUGUUAAGUUGCAAGAGGCCAGGGUUGAGUCUGCUGAUUUUGAUCUCGAUAAGUUUGCUGCCUCUGUAUUAUUGCAGGAGGUGAGCGAGUUUGAUCACUACCCAAGAGACGAGUUAACUCAGCAAGUGAAGGAGUGGGUGCAGAAGUAUCAAAGCUAUGUUUCCAGAACAAUGGAACACGACAGCUUUGACAGGUACGAGAGAAGCUCUCAGUAUAAUCCUCUUUUCCUUCCAAGAAACUGGAUCCUUGCUGAAGUGAUCGAACAAGCUGAAGAGACAAAAUGUGCUGACGUGAGCCUAUUGAAAAAGCUUGAGAAAAUGGCCUUCUAUCCAUACGACCCAAGUAAAUGGGGCGAUGAAUUGAAGGAGUACGAGGAUAAGUGGAGGUUGCAAAGUGAUGCUGGCGAAGCUGAGACGAUGUUACAGUGCAGCUGUGCUAGUUAA